UUCAUCAUUUACCCAAUCACUUCAACAGAGGCGAACUUCAACCAUUACAAUGUGUUUCUCUCUCAUCCCCCUUCCCCUUCAUCGCUGGUUAAGUUUUUCAAAGAGUAAGAAUCCGAUUGAUGGUUGUGUGAUUCAGACAGAGGGAUCUUGUCGUUGCUUUUCACUGGAUGAGGUACUAACAGCAACGAACAAUUUUGAUGAUGCAUUAGUUAUAGGGAGCGGGGGAUUCGGCAAGGUAUAUAAAGGGUUCAUCGACGAUUCUGCUACAAUGGUUGCCAUAAAGCGGUUGAAUGCUGAGUCCAAGCAAGGUGCGGGAGAGUUUUGGAUGGAGGUCAAGAUGCUUUCAAACCUACGGCAUCCUAAUCUCGUUGCGCUAAUCGGCUACUGCAACGAGUGUCAGGAGAUGAUUCUUGUUUAUGAGUAUGUAGCUCUUGGGACCCUUGCCGAUCAUCUCUACAAGCUAAAGACAACUGAAAGCAAUACGAGUUUUUCUCCUCUCUCUUGGGAGAAAAGGCUUGACAUUUGUAUUGGUGCCGCCCGCGGAUUAUACCACCUUCAUUUUGGUACCAGCCAAAGAUUCAUACAUCGAGAUGUGAAGACCACAAAUAUUCUGAUAGACGAGAAUUGGGUAGCUAAGAUUUCGGAUUUUGGAUUGUCGAAAGGCCCUACAAGUCUUUCAAUAACCCAUAUAACCACAGAAGUGAAGGGCACAUUUGGGUAUUUUGAUCCCGAGUACUUCAUUACUCAACGACUGACUGCGAAAUCUGAUGUGUAUGCCUUCGGUGUGGUAUUGUUAGAAGUGUUAUGUGGGAGGGCAGCCGUGGAUAGAAAACUUGGCGAGGAGCAAAUGAGUUUAGCCACUUGGGCUCAACAGUGCAUCAAAGAGGGAAAGCUUGCCGGAGUCAUUGACCCCACUCUCAUUGGACAAAUAGCACCACGUUGUUUGAAGUCUUUUGUUGUACUUGCCAAAAAUUGUUUGCAAAAAAGUCCAAAAUCACGGCCCACAAUGGCCGAAGUGUUGCGCAGCCUUGAGCUCGCAUUAGUAUCCCAACAGAGAGGAAGAACAGAGGGAAUAAUGAUGAAAUCCUUUCCGAGUAUGAUAGACCGGUGGUUGAAGGAGAUGAAGAACAUCAGUUCCUCAAGUGGACAAUCAAAAGAUUUGCUGAGCUUCAGUGAGGAUCCAGAAAUUCACUUUAAGUAUAUCAAGGCUGCUGCCAAGACUGGACAAAUCGACGAGGUUGAACGCGUGACAAAAGAGUCAAACUUCUAUGACCCUGAAAAGACAAAGAAGUUCUUGAUGAAAGCAAAGCUUCGCGAUGCACGAGCACUUAUCAAUGUAUGUGAUCGUUUUGGGUUUGUUCCAGAACUGACCCAAUACCUUUAUUCGAACAACAUGCUGAGCGACAUUGAAGGUUAUGUUCUAAAGGUAAAUCCAGGAAAUGCUCCGUUAGUUGUAGGGCAACUGCUGGAUGAUAAGUGUCCUGAAGAUUUUAUUAAAGGUCUUCUUCUAUCUAGUCGUUCUCUGCUUCCAAUUGAACCACUCGUGGCGGAGUUUGAGAAAAGGAAUCAACUUCAAUUGCUUACCCAGUUCUUAGAGCAUCUUGUGAGUGAGGGAAGCCAAGACGCUCAUGUUCACAAUGCUCUAGGAAAAAUCGUUAUAGACAGCAACAAUAAUCCGGAACAUUUUCUUACCACAAACGCGUACUAUGAUUCACGUGCUGUGGGAAAAUAUUGUGAGGAGCGGGAUCCCACCCUCGCUGUUGUUGCUUAUCGUAGAGGACAAUGUGACAAAGAGCUCAUCAAUGUAACAAAUAAGCAUGCCUUAUUCAAACUGCAAGCGAGGUAUGUUGUUGAAAGGAUGGAUGAUGAUCUGUGGGAGAUGGUUCUUAACCCUGAGAAUGAAUUUAGAAGACAGCUUAUCGAUCAAGUUGAAUCUACUGAAGGCAAUAGCCUACACCAACGGAAAAGUUGGAUUCCCCGGCGCCCGAUGAAUGCCAUUUAAAGGCCGAAUAAAGCCACCAAUUAUUGCAGUGACGCUUAUUCUUUAAGCGUGCCAAGGACGCGGCUGUCGCUUAACUUAUUGGCGCUUCUGUAAAUGUCGUCUAACUUGCAGGCGCUUUAAAAAACGCCGGGUCAUAAUACUUCUGUACUAAUAAUGAUUCUUCUCUGGAGCGGUGGGCUGAGCAAGAAUUCUUCUGUCAUAUUGUUAACACUGGGUCGACCAAAUUUGUGGAAACUGUGCGAGGGAAUGCAGCGCUUUUUAAAAGACAUGUCGGCUAACAAGUGGGGCUUUGGAAAAUGCCGAUUACUGUGGGUCCCACACACUCUACACACUGUGAAACACACGAGCCCCGUCUAUGGGUACCGAUUGCAAAUGCACCGAUGGUGUACAGAUAGACCUGCUGGGCCUCCUCCGAGUCCCGUACAAAUGAUCUGAACCAUUUAAUAAUUUUAAGAUAUUUCUCUAUCGGCUCCGCAAAAAAUCAGCUUAAUCUAGUAAUGUGUGUUUAAUCUAAUGUACUAAUUUUUCAUUCAGGAUACAAGAUCCAGGAUUUUGAAUCACAAAUUAGUAUAUUGGAUCAAGCACUUUCAGUUUUCGGAUAGAAAUAAUUUUUAGCGAGGCCACUAGAAAAGGUGUUUCAAAAUUAAUGAAUCAGUUCGGCUUAUUGUGCAGAACCCAAAGAUUGUUCCCGCGGCUGAUCUGUGCACAAUCGAUGCAGUGGCAAUCGAUACCCAAAGAAUUGUUGGGGACCCACAGUGGAUGCCAGUGUGUUUGUAUGAAUGUUAGUGUAAGCAUUUGUGGUGCUAGAACGAUUGUAACCUUGAAAGUGCAGGUACUCAAUUCUGGAAUAUUAUUCUGUAAAGUUCCAAAACAAAAUACUGUGUGUAGUAACUACUAACUAGAGAAAUAGUUGCUAAUACUUCUCCAAACUUGGUUCC